UACAUGGUGUUUUUAUUCGAUGAUUUUUUAUUGAAUAGAAAAGGGAUUUUUACAGUUUGGAAGCUGAAAGAAGACGAUGGAUCUUUUACUGACAUUGACAUUGAUAGUUAUAUGUGGACAGACGCAUCUGGUAAUCUCUUAUUCAACUCCAACAGCAAACGCGAACUUGAAAGAAAAUAAUCCUACAACAUUAUUAGUAAAAUACAUGCCUUCAAUGGCAAACCUAUCAUCGCAUGCGCAAAAACCACCAAAAAAUGACACAUCAGCAAUGCCAAGCCCAUCUUCACAGGUGCAAAAACCACCAACAAGUAACACACUACCAACCACAAACCCAUUUUCGCAGACGCAAAAUCUACCAACGAAUGUCACACUACCAAAGGAAAACCAAUCGUCGCACGCGCAAAACCAACCAAUAAAUGACACAUCAUCAACGGCAAAACAAACUUCAAUGGCAAAAAAGCCACCGACAAAUGACACAGCAACAACGGCAACACAAUCUUUACAGAUACAAACACCACCGACAAAAGUCACUCAAAAAUCAUCAAAACCAACUUCACAGACAAAAAAUCUACAAACAAAUAGCACUAAAACAACAUCAAAAUCAACAAAUGUCACUCAAACAACUACGAAACCACCUUCACAAACGCUUAAACCACGAACAAAUGACACACCAACACCGGAGAAACCACCAUCGGAGACGCAAAAGCCACCAACAAAUGACACACCAACAACGGCAAAAUCAUCUUUUCAGACACAAACAUCACUUACCACUGUUUCUCAAACAACUGCAAAACCAGCUUCACAGACGCGUACCCCACAAACAACUGUCACACAAACAAAAGCGAAACCAUCUUCACAGAAGCAAAAUGCAUCAACAAAAGACACUCAAAAAACAUCAAAACCAAUUUCACAGACGCUAAAUCCAAAACAAAUUUUACAAUCACAAAAGCCACCAACAGUUGACACAUCAACAACGGAAAAAGCAUCUUUGCUGACGAAUAAGCCACACGGAAAUGACACACCAUCAAUGGCAAAACGAACGUCACAGAUGCAAAUGCCAACAAUAAAAGACACAGCACCAAUGACAAAAACAACUUCACAGACACAGGAAACACAAACAAAUGACACAACACCAAAGACAAAACCAACUUCACAGACACAGAAAACACAAACAAAUGACACAGCACCAACGGUAAAACAAACUUCACAGACGCAAAAGCCACCGACCGUCGACACUGAAACAACAGAAAAACCAUCUUGGCAUACGCAAAAGUCACCAACAAAUGAAACAUUACCAACGGAUGAACCAAAUCCACCGACAAAAUUUCCACAAACGAAAGACACAACACCAACAGGAAAACCAACUUUGCAGUCACCAAAGCCAUUAACAAGUAACAAGCCAACAAUGACCAAACCAUCUUCGCAGACGCAAACGUCACCGACAAAUGACACGCGACUACCAACGAGAAAAGAAACAUCACAGACGCAAAAACCACAAACAAAUGCAAAACCUAAAACGACAAAACAAACUUCAUACACGCAAAAGCCACCGACAAAUGACACGACAACAGCAAAAUCAACUUCACAGACGCAGAAGCCACCAACAAAGACCACAAAAACAAUGGCAGAACCAUCUUUGCAGACGCAAAAGUCACAAAAAAAUGACACACCACCAACGACAAAACCAACUUUACAGACGCAUAAACCACAAUCAAAUGACACAGCACCAACAGCAAAACCAACUUUGCAGACGCGAAAGCCACCAAGAAAUGAAACAAUCCCAAUGGUUAAUGUUACAAGCAUAAGCUGUACUGAAAAUGGCAAAGAAUGUCAUCAUAUUGUCAAUGCUCGGUGUAAUAAUCAGUUCAGAAAGUGCGAAUGUUCAUAUGGCUACAUUGUGGAUGCUGCCACAUGCAAUGCAGUAACCGCUGCAAAGAAGCUUCCGACGGCUCUUCCUGCACUUGAAACUAAAAAAGUCGGCCUUGAUUUUGCCAUUGAAGUGGGCAAUGAUUUAACAAAAUUUGAUGUGGAUCUUACAGAUCCUAAUUCACCAAAAUACAAGGAAUUCAAACAUUCUUUUGAGACAAAGCUUAUAUCAGUUUUUAACGACACAAAAGGCUAUUCUAGUAUAGAAGUAACAGGCUUCAG